GGCUGCAGUUCUCCAUAGGAGCUGUCUGUUGCAGCUGUGCCAUCAUAUCGUGCCUGGUAGCUGUUGUACAUUUGUGUGAGAGAAUAUUCAUCUUUCUGGUGUGCCCGGUGGAGGCAAGGUCGACGCAAUGAUGCAUGGCAGACCAGGACCUGCUGGGCCAUUUUCUGGGCCGAUGGGUGGAGGUCCUGGGGCAUUCAAUGGGAUGCGUGCCAAGGCACCACCUGGUCCUGCUCCGCCUAUGUUUGGUGGUGGUAGUCCUCACCAAGGUCUUCCUCCUCCACUGGCAGUCAUGGAACACAAGCUUGCCACUGCACAGACAGAGAUGCAGAGGCUGUUGACUGAAAACCAGAGGCUUGCAGCGACACUCAUGGCUCUGCGGCAGGAGCACUCAGUAGCUCAAGGAGAAGUGCAGCGCUUGCAACAGGCAUUGGCAACCCAUCAGGCUGAGAGAGAGGCAAGCAUCCGGAAUCUCAUGGAACGGAAUGCUGCGAUGACAGAAGACCUGCGUGCAAUAGAGCCAUUGAAGAAAGAGGUUCAUGCUGCAAGAGUGGAGCUGCAAGAUCUUCGAGUGAGAUGUCAGGAAGCUGAACAGGCGAGGGUAACUGCUCAACAGCAACUGCAGGGCAUGACAACUGACUUCAAUCGGGCCCGUCAAGAGCUUAGUCAACUUGCCACUUUGAGGCAAGAGGUGCAGCAAAUUCCAACACUGCGGCAGGAAAUUCAAGGGCUGCGGCAGGAACUGCAGCAAGCUCGGACCCAGCUUGAACAGGAGAAGAAGUUCAACUCCGAACAAAUUGACAACAGUCAGCGGAUGGAAAGCAACCUUAUCUCAAUAGCAAGGGAGAAUGAAAAACUCCGCGCACAACUCACGAUUGCUGGCAGGACUGCUGGUGGCACUGGAGCCCUGGAAUGGAGCUCUGGUGCAACCACUAGGGACUACAGUAGCGGCUUAUGGUAACCUGAGCAGUUUUGGCCCCCUUCGUGACGUCCCCUCUCCCUGUUCUCCUUCCCAUUUACCCUUGGGGUCCAAUGUCAGGCUGUGCUGCGAUAUGCAGUUCCACACUGGCUCGUUUGUUGACUGGUGGCCCUAGACCAUAGGACUAUUUGCGCACAUGCCCGGGAGUCGCAUAGCCAUCCAUGAAUGGCGGGCAAGAGGACACACCGUUCUUCUUCAUUAAGCACGUCAAAUAGUAGUAUGGUCUGAAACAGUGGCAGUAGAUCCCUUGUUAUGUGGUUUUCAAACCAAGUGUAUUCAGAUUGGCAUUGCAGAUGUUGUCCUCCUUUGAGUGAGCCCCUUUCUGUCUCAGUGGGUGGCCAGGGUAUGCCCUUUACCCUUUUCGACAGGCCGCGCUGAAGGUCAGGAAAGGUUGACUUGCUCAGGAGAUGCAGCCAUCAUGAAAGGCAUGCUGUCUGUAGGCAAAGAUUUCUUCCCUCUGGUAAGCUUUCUUUCUGCCGAUAAGCGGCGGGCCUGAGAGCACCUGUUCGUCAGCUUGCUGCUAGCCGGUUCUGUAGGCUAACUGCUUCUAGGUUUUCCUUCUAUGGUUUCUUUGGGUAAGCUUUCUUUCAGUCGCUACUCUGCUUCAGGACGUUGAUUCUCGUUAAUGUCGGAAAUGGAGCCCUUCUUUGCGGAACAGGGUGCCCUGAUACGUCCUAUAAGCCGAUUUCUGCUGGGUAUGUCAGUGUAUACUCAAGCAGUUCUCUAAGUAUUAUAAGGGUAUUUGCCUGUCGUGAUGUUUUCAAUGUGUCGGAGGCAAUGCAAAGAGAUCUCAGUUAGAUUUAUUCGCCUAUUGCCCUUCCUGGAAUGAACCUAGUGCUCUUGAUCAAGGUCUGAAAGAAUGAAUCCAAGUUCCUAUGGCAGGGCUCUCCGUCCUCCUUCGUUGAUCCAAAUUAAGUAACUACUAUUUUGUGUCCAAGUCGCAGACCUUGCAGUAAAGUGUACUGCUGGGCGUGCUCCCUCUGUACCAUUACCUAUCAAGUAGACUCUUGUUUUUUGUGUUUAGGGUGAGAGGCCACUGGAGGUGGGUGGGCUUCAGACCUUGGUGAGAAGGCAGCCUGUUGGGCAUGGGGUUGCUGUUCCCGGAUUCAGCUGCCUGGUCUGCAAUGAUCAGCAAGAUCAUCAGUGCCUGGUCAAGCAGGUUCAAGUUCGCUCCUGCCGGUCAUGACCUUGCUGAGUUUGCUGUUUCAGGGGUUGGCUGAGUUUCCUGCCAAUUGUGACUCAAGUGCCCACAUUCCCAGGUCUAUUCAUUGACUGAGCAGGGUGUGUGUGCACUGAGAUUGCCCACCAUCCGUUUACGUGAUAGGAUAGCUCUUGCAAUGGCCCGCCGUCCAUUUACCUCAUGGGCUUGACAGCUGGCGAGAGAUAAGUGGUUGGCCCACAUGCAAGCUGCCAAGGCAAUGGAUUGAUUCCGGACUCGUAUGGUGAUGGGCUAGCUGUGUGGGAAUAUCAGUUUGAGAAUAAACAAAUGUUGGUGGCUUCACAUGCAUUUUUUGAAUAAUGCGGAAGCGAGCAAUCUACCAUCAAUCUCCUCACCUGAUACCCCCUGCCCCCCUCUCUUUCGCGCACCUCAUUGCCUUUUUUCGGUUCGAUCUCUUUGGAAGUUGAGUCCACAGUAGCCAAUCAUCCACCUGCCUCCCGGUGUUUAGGUGGCCUACUUAGAAUCAGGAAUAGACGAGCAGCUGUAGUGACCCACCAAUUUCGUGCUUUGAGAACACGUUAGUUCGAUGUCAAGUCUAAAUGCUUUCACACACGAGCGAGGUCAGAGGGGGAUAUGUGCCAACACGGAAGGUAUAAAACGGUUGUACGACAUAGAUGAACACGUGAAUGAGCUAUAUGAGGGGAUUGAAAUUCAACUGAUGUGGAGGUGUGCUCGUGGUGAUCACAUAGGCACAUGAUGAAUUCACAAGGGUAUGCUACUAUCCAUUGUGCCUGUCAGACUGAUCAGCGGUGAUCUAUGUGUUUGUUGAUACAAGAGGGGCUUGACCGUGUUGAUAUCUGAUUGAGAAAUUUAUAUGUGAUGUAGCACAGUGUUCCUGGUUGGUGGGUACUUGCUGAGCCCGUGAGAAAUAGGUGACGGACAAGUGGGCGAGGGAGGGGGCACGUGACAAGUGGGUGAGGGAGGGAGGACUUUACUAGUGGGAGACAAUAAAGUUGGGUUAGGUGAUGGGCACUGGAAGUAAAAGCUGCAGGAUUUUGUUGUCGUAGACAGACGAGUAGCUAGUUGGUGUCAUGAGUGAAGGAGGAGGGAUGGAGCAUUGUGAUCUAUUGCCUUUUUUUGUGGGGAAACAAAUUGAGGUUUCUUGCCAGCUGUGAUACAGAUAGCCGGGUUUUAUGAGAUGCACUCUUUCAACAGCCACGUGUCGUCCGCUUUGACACCAGGCUGACCAGCCUUGUUUUCUUUCCAGAGGCAGUAUGAAUUUAUGAAUGUGUUUUGCUCUGGCAUUCUACGUGGUCCAGAAUGUGAAAGUGUCAGGAUUCGUUGGAAUGCAGAAAACGCAGUCGGUACUCUAAGAAAUCUUGAACUGGCCAACAAAUAAAUUUCAUUCCUGUAC